CACACAGACAGAGACACAGACACAGACAGACACACACACAGUGAUAGUGAAAUGAACCCUUUGGCAUUUCAGAUGAAACCUUUUCCCCUCUGAAUCUGUGAAUUUGGGGGGAAACUGCCCCAAAUCUUUCUUUCUAUCAAAACCCUUUAUUCCAAAUCCUCCUUAAUCAGAAUUAAGUGCCCGAGGAUCUGAGAGUGAGAGAGUGAGAGAGUGAUUUUUACACACAGAUAUAUAUAUAUAUAUAUAAGGCAUUACGUUGAUCUCAGUUGGUGAGACAGUGGAGUAUCAGAGGCAGAGAGAGAGAGAGAGAGAGUGAGAGAGGGUUCAUGUGGAUGUGUGCAGAUAAAAUGCGGAUAGAAGCUGUUUCUUAUUUUAUUGCACACAAAUAAUAGAUGUGAGAGAGAGACAGAGAGAGACAGAGAAGGGGUGAAGCCCGACAGCAGCUGAUGUGAGCUGCACAGUCUCAGCAGCUGAUGCUGAUCGCUUUUUCUUGGCUUCUGAAUCUCCAGUUCUGACCGUCUGCUGAGAGCAGGGGGUACCGCACAGGCCCAUGGACGGAGGGCAGGAGAACCUGAGGGUCCCUCACCCGCUGGGGCGUCCCAGAGCCUCCGAGGGUGGCCCGAGGGAGACUCGUCGCGCGGGAGGAAGAUGGUGAACGUGGGUACGGCUCGAAUCGGCUUCCGCAGCGGCUGAAUCGCCCGCCCGCCCACCCAAGGCUCUCCGAGCUCACAGUCUGGGCUGAGGGGGAGAGAGAGAGACACGUUGCCCUUCGGAUGAGACGUUAAACCUCAUUCGCUCACUCGUCUGUGCCCGGACAUCCAAAAUUCCCACCACGCUGUUGGGAAAGAGAACAGAGUUUCUCUCUCUCUCUCCCCGUGUCCUGGCCAACAAUCCCUCCCCACCCCCCGCCCCUCUCUCAAGAUAAACCGGACACUAGCUGAACAUCUACCCACCCACCACCACCACCGGGGGGGACCUUUGGAGACAAAUUCAAAGCGGACGACUCCACGCGGAGGGGGGAGAACAUUAACAGACCCGAGUGGAGUGGAGACAGGUGCGUCGGAGAAACAGCGCCCCCUAUCUUCCCCGACUGUCCAGAGCAAGACGGACCUCGCCUAAGAAUUAUUAAGGAUUCAUUUGUGGCUCCGAUUUUUUUCACACGUGAAUGAGAAGGAAAGCACUGCCGGGAAGGUCAGACCUCGAGCCCAUUUUGCCACCGAGAGGAUUCGAGUCAGACCUGGGCUGCCCGAAUAUACAAAGAUGGAUUGCUCCCUGUGUUUGCAGGAUAUUAUAUAUUUGCUUUUGCUCGAAUGAAAACGUCUCUUAUCUAUAAUAAUCGUAAUAAUAAUAAUAAAUAUAUAGUUACACAUCUACAAAUAGACAUUUUUUUUGUCCACCAUCUCGCAUCCACAGGAGGUGAUGAGGCGGGAAUGGCCAGACUAACGCUUAAAAUCCAGCGGUACUUCCGGCGCAAACCCAUUCGCUUCUUCUCCUUCAUCAUCGUGUACCUGAUGGCCGGGAGCUUGGCCUACCUGCACUCGGGCUUUGUCGGGGACAGCUAUUUGGCGUACAAGGAUCCGAGGCCCGGGGAGGGCGUGUUGGCGGUUGCCGGACGCCCAGGGCGAGAGGGGCUACAGCGACUGGCCUUGCUCCACCUCGGCCGGGGCUACUCUCAGGCCUUGGAGAGCGAUCAGAGACCCGGGGACAAGCACGGAGCUGCCCCCCGGAGGUUCGGCCCCCCCUGGAUGAAAGCGGCCUCCCAGGACUCCGGGGAUAAGCUCAAACCCGGGGAGCGUGUGGGCAGCUGGAGCAGAGCGCUGAAGGGCAAAGUCUCCCGGGACCUGGAGGACAACAGAGCGAGAUACGUGGGCUGUUAUCUGGACAGCACGAAGCACAGAGCGCUGAGGGGAAGUGCCUUCUUUGACUACAGGAAGAUGACCGUGUUCCGUUGCCAGGAUAACUGCGCCGAACGGGGCUAUCAGUACGCAGGCCUGGAGUUCGGAGCUGAGUGUUACUGUGGGCACAAGAUCCAAACGCAGAACACGAGCGAGACCGAGUGUAACAUGAAAUGCAAAGGAGAGAAAAGCAGCGUGUGUGGGGGAGGGAACCGCCUCUCCGUGUACCAGCUCGAACUGACCCAAGACUCCGCUAGACGCUACGGCAGUGCUGUGUUCCGAGGCUGCUUUAAGAAGCCGGGAAACGUCUCGCUCGCUCUCCCAGCGAGCAGCGUGUUGCUCAACAUGUCCGUGGAGAAGUGCGUGGAGUUCUGCACCGAGAAGGAGUACACGCUGGCGGUGUUAGGGGGAACGUCCUGUCACUGUGGCUUCCCCACUGUACGCUUCACCCUGCACGAGCCGGAGGACGAGAACCUGUGCUUGCAGCGCUGUGCGGGCGAGGAGCUCGAGAACUGCGGCAACGAGGAAUACUUUGUGGUUUACCAAACGCAAGUACAAGACAAUCGCUGUAUGGACAGGCGCUUCCUGCCCACUCGCUCCAAACGCCUGGUGGCUCUGGCCAGCUUCCCGGGGGCCGGCAACACAUGGGGGCGUCACCUGAUCGAGCUCAGCACGGGCUAUUACACCGGCAGCUACUACUUUGACGGCUCGCUGUACAAUAAAGGGUUUAAGGGUGAACGAGACCAUUGGAAAAGUGGCCGCUCCAUCUGCAUAAAAACCCACGAGAGCGGGAGGAGAGAGAUCGAGGCCUUCGACGGGGCCAUCCUUCUGGUCCGAAACCCCUACAAGGCCCUGAUGGCAGAAUUCAACCGCAAAUAUGGGGGGCACAUCGGCUUCGCCUCCGAGGCUCACUGGAAAGGGAAAGAGUGGCCGGAGUUCGUGAGGAACUACGCCCCCUGGUGGGCCUCCCACACACUGGACUGGCUGCAGUUCGGCCGGAAGGUGCUGGUGGUACAUUACGAGGAGCUGAAGAGGGACCUGUUUAAGCAGCUGAAGAGGAUGGUGGGCGUCCUGGGGGGACAGGUGUCCGAGGACAGGCUGCUGUGCGUCGAGUGCCAAAAGGACGGCAGCUUCAAGCGCUCGGGCCUCCGCAAGCUGGAGUACGACCCCUACACCCCCCAGAUGAAGACCCUCAUCUCCUCCCUCAUCAAGACUGUGGACGUGGCCCUCAAACUGAGGAACAUGACAGGAGUCCCAGAGGAUUACAUUCCCAGAUGAUUUUUGUUGGAGAUCGCAUUGAAAACACGGCGCUAGUUCCCCCUCUCUUCCCCCCC